GCUUCCUACCUCCCUUCCAGGCGGCUCCAGGCUCCUGGCUCCCGCUAAACUCGGCAGUCCCGGGAGCGCGCAGGCGCCGUGAGCAGCACCCAGGGCGCGGAGUAGCGGAGUGGGACCCGUGAGGAUCAUCAUCUAGGACCUGCCAGAGGCCACGAGAAAACAUGGGGAGGGUUUUCCUCACAGGAGAAAAGGCCAAUUCAGUAUUAAAACGCUAUCCAAGAGCUAAUACGCUUCUUGAAGAAAUCAGACAGGGCAAUAUUGAACGUGAAUGCAAAGAAGAAGUGUGCACAUUCGAAGAAGCCAGAGAAGCUUUUGAAAACAAUGAAAAAACUAAGGAGUUUUGGAACACCUACACGAAAGCACACCAAGGAGAGAGUAACAGAGGAAGUGACUGGUUUCAGUUUUACCUUACCUUUCCAUUAAUCUUUGGCCUCUUCAUUAUCCUCCUUGUCAUUUUCUUAAUCUGGAGAUGCUUCCUACGAAACAAAACUCGCAGACAGACUGUGACUGAAGGCCACAUUCCUUUCCCUCAGCACCUUAAUAUUAUCACUCCGCCUCCCCCAUCAGACGAAGUGUUUGACAGCAGUGGAUUGUCUCCAGGCUUUCUGGAAUAUGUAGUUGGGCGCUCAGAUUCUGUUUCCACUCGCCUGUCCAACUGUGAUCCACCACCGACCUAUGAGGAAGCCACCGGCCAGGUGAACCUGCGAAGGAGUGAAACAGAACCUCAUUUAGAUCCACCACCAGAAUAUGAAGACAUAAUCAACUCCAGCUCGGCCAGUGCCAUUCCUAUGGUGCCUGUGGUCACCACCAACAAAUGAAGCUGCAAACUUCUUUUUACUCUAAUCAUUUUUAAAAUACUAAUGAAAGAACUUUCUAGCACUUUACCACUGCAUAAAUGUACUCUGACUUAUUUUGUUAGACUCUUACAGCAUACCACUUCACCCUUACUGGUCUGAUUUUCUUUAGUUGCAUUUCCCAUUAUGAAAUCAUUACACACGGCCAUUUUUGCUAGAGAAAACACACCAGUGGGGUUGCAUAUUCAUGUGAUGAUAUGUACAUCAACCCAGUAUAUAUGCAACUGGCCUAAAAAAUUAUUAACUUCUAUCUAAAUCACCUGCACAAAGAGCAUUACUCACAAAAAUUGGGAAUAAAAAGGCAUUGGCGAUUUAUGUAAUAGAUAGAAUGCAAUAUGGUAUAGACCUUUGCAAGAAGGAUGUACUUAACAUGUUUGCUAAUUUGUAUGGGCUUUUGUUAACCUCUGGUUUCUUCAUCUAUCUUCAAAAGAGAAAAAAAGUGUGGAGUCACUCUUGACUUUAGAAGUAUUUCAGAAAGAAAGCAUAUACUCACAGUGAGGAAUAACUUAUUGUAGUGUACAGCAAGGAAAUCACUGGACAUAUGUGAUCCAUGCCUCACUUCAUACUAGGGGUUUUAUUCUUCAUUAAGUACUACCCCAUAAAUGAAAUACUUUGGUUAGCUUAGCAUCUUUGAAUGUCUCAUGCUAUUCAUAUUAACAUCUCAGUAGGGAGGAUUUCUGGCAAUAGAAUAAUUUCUAAGUGGAUAUAUGUAUCUAAUAAUAGACAAUAGAUAUGGAUUAUUCCUUUGCUUUUGGGGGGCAGUAUUUUCUUCUUCACAUUUCAUUGCCUUUUACUCUACUGUUUACGCUCUCUCCUACCACCACAGAAUCUUCAGUCACCCAAGACUGAGAUAGUUUUCUUAAAGUUUUUGCCUGAAGAUUAUCAGGAGACAAUUUUCCAUUACAAUAUGAGCUAUUAUUUUUUAUUGCUCUUCAAUUGGUGCAAAAAGAUUGUAAAAGGUGUGUUAUAGCAGAUGGACGCUAAAUCUAGUUAUAGUCACACAUAGAUCUCAUUAUUGUUGCUAUUUCAUUUUGAAUUUUAAUUAGACUUUUUAAAACUA